AUGGAAGCUGACCAAUCCAGACUCCUGUUUCUAUUAUUUCUUUUCACAUGGCGACUAUCCCCAGAAGUUGCUGCAGAAGUUCAGGAAUCAUCAGAUGGUUCUGCUGCUUCCCAGAAAACUGUGUCACUCACAGAUGUCCCAGCGACUGUUGAAUUCAUUGCUGCUGCUGAGGUGGCUGUCAUAGGUUUCUUCCAGGAUUUAGAAACACCAGCAGUGUCCCUAUUCCAUAGUAUGGUGCAAAAAUUCCAAGAUGUGUCAUUUGGAAUCAGCACUGAUUCUGAGGUUCUGGCGCACUACAAUAUCACUGGGAAUACCAUUUCCCUCUUUCGCCUGGUGGAUAACGAAAAACUGGAUUUAGAGAGCAAAGACACCGAAAGCAUUGAUGCCACCAAAUUAAGCCGUUUCAUUGAGAUCAACAGUCUCCACUUGGUGACAGAGUACAACCCUGUGAAAGCGAUUGGCCUAUUUAAUAGUGUGAUCCAGAUUCAUCUUCUACUGAUGAUGAACAAGGCCUCCCCAGAGUAUGAAGGAAGCCUGCACAGAUACCAGAAGGCAGCCAAGCUCUUCCAGGGAAAGAUUCUUUUUAUUCUGGUGGACAGUGGUGUGAAGGCCAAUGGGAAGGUGAUCUCAUUUUUCAAACUAAAGGAGUCUCAACUGCCGGCUUUGGCAAUUUACCGGACUCUAGAUGAGGCGUGGGAUACACUGGCUAUCGCAGAAGUUUCUGUGGAGCAUGUGCAAAACUUUUGUGACGGAUUCCUCAAAGGAAAACGGCUGAGAGAAAAUCAUGAAUCAGAAGAAAAGACUCCAAAGGUGGAACUCUGA